CUACUUCAUAAAAAUGUCAGUGGACAGAAGUAAGACUAUUGACAACGCAAAACCCAAAAAGGGAGAUCACAGCAAGGGUGCGCAGAAAUUGGAGAACAUUGGAGUGUACCUGGGCAAGGCGGCGCUGAUUCCAUUCGCUCUUCUGUGGAUUCCAGUUUCAAGAGGAUCGCCAUUUCUGCGCGUUACCGGUGUUCCCUUCGAGCGUGCUGUCAAAUACCAUACCUGGCUGGGCCUGAUGUGCGUUUGGAUCCUCGUUGCUCACGGACUAGUAUUCUUUGCGUACUUCCCCUCGAUCCACCAUACGUCUGAGCUGUGGAGAUGGCAACACAAGGGAAUUGCUUUCUUUCCGGGAAUCAUCGCACUUGCGGCGGGGCUGGUGAUGCUGGUUACCGCUCUGGAGAAAGUCCGCAGAAACCAUUUCAACUUAUUUUUCCUCACGCACCACCUUUACUUGGUCUUUCUCCUUUUCUUCCUGUUCCACUGCGUCUCUCAGAUGGUCUACGUCGUCACUCCUAUCUUGCUCUUCUUCCUGGAUCGAUUUAUCCGCCUGGUGCAGUCCCGAAAACCUGUCGACAUUUUGUCCACUAAAGUUCUCCCAUCCGGUGCCAUCGAGCUUAAAUUUGCCAAGCCAGGAAAUCUGGAAUACAAUGCCUUGAGUUUCAUGUACGUACUAGCGCCGAGCAUUUCCAAAUUUGAAUGGCACCCAUUCAGCGUCGCAUCCAGCCCUCUGGACGGAACCAACCAGAUCUGUAUAUACAUCAAGCCCCUGGGAACGUACACCAAAGAUGUCCACGAUGCUCUCAUAGACACCAAGCAUCACAAGGAGGCCGGAAAGCUGAAAUGUCCCUUCGGAUUCAAGCUCCAAUUGGAAGGACCAUACGGCGACGAGUCCAAUUUUUAUCUCCAGUACAAUUCCCUGAUUCUCGUAGCAGGAGGCAUCGGUGUAACCCCAUUCCUUGCUAUCCUUAAAGAUGUCCUCCACCGGCACAAGCUGCAGCAGGAGAACCUCCCGACCUCCAUCCACCUCAUCUUCUGUGUGCGUAAUCAGAAGGAUCUGUGUCUUCUGGACACAAUAAAUCCCAGUGAAAUUCUUCCCAAUUACGAGGACCUUGUACAGAUCAGAAUUCACGCAUUUGUGACCUCGAAAGUGGAUCUCAUCAAAGAUGAAGAGCUCAGUUCCUCCGAAGCCAUUGUACCGUACCAGCACUACAACUACACCUACAUGAACGAGCCUUCUAAGCAGUACACAGGGCCACCACUAGCAGCAGUAAGAGAGAUGUCUAUUUUGGCCGGCGCCGGGGACAACAAAUGGGUCGCAGCCACAUUCUUUGCAACCAUGAUUGGAUACAUUGUGAUUUUCGGAAUCAUCAACGUCACCGGUUCAUAUGCCAAGCUAACGAACUACAACAGGGCACUGCUUUAUUGCGUCGUACUGUUUCUGUCGGUGGUUGGUUGCGGAGGUCCAGUGUUAAUGUUGUGGGCUCAUUUUCAGAGGAAGCAAACUCCUCGGUUAAAAGCUCAGGUCCUGGCCAACUCCCUACCGCCUUCUCCUGAUAAACAUUCGAAGUCAAGCGAGGGUGACAUCGAGCUUAGAGCAUCCGAGCAUACUUCAUGGGAAGGAGAGGUGUCUUUGGGCAAGAGGCCUGAUUGGAAAGUAUUAUUCGCUGAUAUGGCGAGACAGUACGAGGGGAAGAAUGUGGGUGUGCUGGUUUCCGGUGCGUCCAAGAUGCAGGAAGAUGUUGCAACCGAGUGCAAGAAUCAUACAAACUCGAACAAUUCGAAUGUGGCAUUCCAUUACCAUUCUGUCAGCUUUGAGCUGUGACGGGUCAGGAUCAACGGGGUGAACGAUUUUGUUAGUGUAAAUCCGAUAAGAUAUAGCUAGAAUAUACGUAAGUUACAUCUCACUGAUGCCUGAGGUCCUUUGGCCAGGUUGAUAGUAGAUCAAAGAAGGACGUCUACACUUAGCUACAGAUAGGGCUAGUAGUGAGUCGACACAAAGUACAGAGCAACAAGUGACCAGAAUAUGUUGGGUAUCUGUUCACAAAAAA